GCUUUGGAAAAACGGUUAGACACGUGAUAUCGUGUUUCCCUUUAAAAUACCAGGAAAGCGUGACAUUCGUCCAUUUUGGUUUGCGUGUGACAAAGCAAGAAGGAAAAAAUAAAAAGCUGGUCGUUGAUAAGUUUGUUCCAUAUUCGUCCAUGAUGUUGAAAAGCAUAACACUUCUGCUUCUGCUUUCAUCCACACAAGGGUGGCUUUUCAAACCGAAGCCAAAGCAGGUUUGUUACCCAAACAUAGGAUGUUUCAGCAACGCACAGCCGUUCAACAAUGCAAAGAGAACCUUGCCCCAGUCUCCGAGUACUAUUGAUACCACCUUCAACCUGUACACCAGACAAAACACGGAUACCGCCCAGAUCCUGGAUCCUUAUGAUACAAACACCGUCUCCAGUUCACACUUUGAUCCCAGUCUACCGACGAUUUUUAUCACCCACGGAUUUCAAGACACUGCUAAAUCUGGAUGGCCACUAGAGAUUAAAAACGCCCUUCUACAAAAUGGAGACAUGAAUGUGAUAGCCGUUGACUGGUCAAAGGGCACCCAAGGAAGAAUUUACCGUCAGUCGGCCGCCAAUACCCGCGUGGUGGGCGCCACCAUUGGGAACAUGAUCAAGGUUCUACGAGACAGCUUCAGCUUACCUCUGGGACAGGUCCAUCUUAUCGGACACAGUCUCGGUGCCCAAAUCAUGGGGUACGCAGGGGACAGGGUACGAGGAAUUGGCAGAAUCACGGGACUAGACCCGGCUGGAUUAUAUUUUGAAAAAUUUGACACCAAGGUUAAAUUGGAUCCUACUGACGCGAAUUUUGUUGACGUCAUUCAUACCGAUGGUGCCUCUCUGCUGGAAAUGGCUUUUGGUAUCAGGACACCAAAUGGACAUGUUGACUUCUAUCCAAACGGGGGCACAAGACAACCCGGAUGUAAACGUAGUCUAUGGAGCAACAUUCAGAAUUUCUUCCAAGGAAAAAUGGGAAAGAUUUCAUCAAGCAUAGCAUGCAGUCACAUGCGGGCGAUCGACUUCUUUACCGAGUCCAUUAAUUCGUCUUGUGAAUUUAAAGCCUAUCUAUGUACGAGUUACUUGGAAUUUUACAGUGGCAAGUGCAAGUCAUGUGCUAAUGGAUGCAAUAGAAUGGGUUUCCAUGCCGAUAAGAAUGUUCAUGGCAAAUUUUACCUGCAAACAAACGCUGCUCCUCCCUUCUGUAAAAUUUAAAGCCAGAGGUUGGAAUGUGCAUGACAUAUCCGUGUUAUGAUUUGUUUUUGGUGUUUAAGAGUUAUAGCACACAAAAUAAA